AUGGAGCGAGUGGCGCUGCGCCUGGCGAACGGUAGCGGGGACGGGCUGCGCCUGGCCGGCGGCUCUCUGCCCAUCGAGUCGCGGGGUGUGAGGCUGGCGCUGCCGGUCACGGUGGCAGCGAUCUGCGCGCUCGGGCUGGCCGGCCACGGGCUGCUGCUGGCCGUGCUGCUGGCUCACGCCCGCAGGGGCCGCUCCUCGCUGGCGCACGGGCUGCUGGCGAGCCUGGGCGCCGCCGACCUGCUGCUGCUGCUGCUGUGCGCCCCCCUGCGGGCCGCCGCCUGGUCGCGCCCCUCCUGGCAGCUCGGCCGCCUGGCGUGCCGCGCCUCGGACUGGCUCCUGCACGGCUGCCUGGCCGCCAGAGCGCUGAGCGGGGCGGCGCUGGCCUGGGCCGGCCUGGCUCAUGUCAGCCGGAGCCCGCGGGCAUCCCCGGCGCGGCGCUGGAGGCUGGCCGCUCUGCUGCUCGGCCUCUGGGCGCUCGCCUUCAGCCUGCCCGCGCCGCGCUGGGUCUACUCCGGGCUCCUCCUGCAGGCGCACGGCCGGCGGCUCUGCGUCGCCCACCCGCCCCCUGGCGGCUCCUUCGCCGCUGUCUACGCCCAGCUCUACCCGCUGCUGGCGUACGGCGCGCCGGUGCUGUGCAGCCUGAGCUUCCACUGCCGCGCUCUGCGCAGGUGGCGCCCGCGGCACAGCGGCACCCCGGCGGCGGGCGCCGCGCACCCCAAGCUGCGGAACCAGCGGCGCGGCCGGCGCCUGGUGGCGCUCUCCGGCUCCCUGAGCCUGGCGUUCGCCGCCCUCUGCGCCCCGGAGUGGGCCGCCUGGCUUUGGCUGAGGCUGCGCCCGGCCGCUCCGCCCGUCGCGCUCGCCCUGCCCGCCCAGCUGCUGCUGUUCGUCCUGGCCGCUCUCGACCCGCUGCUGUUCGCCGCCCUCUCCGGCGAGUUCCGGGAGGAGUACCCCGCCCUCUGGAAGAGGCUGGCCUCCUGCCGCGGGUGCCGCCGGUCGAUCCCCGGGCCCCGGGAGUGCAGGGGGUCCGGGGACCCGAGACAACCCCCCGACCCCCACCCCCGGCCCCGGCAAGAGGAGAAGUCCGUCCAAGUGCCCGAGCCUGACCAGGAGAGCCCGGCGAGCAAGCCGGCCAACCUGGUCCUCACCGACAUGGAGCAGUUCUGGCACGACCGGCAGAACACCCCCGCCGCUGCACAGGAAGAUCCCAUUCCCUGGGAGCACCAAGGCGAGACGCCUUGCCCCGAGAUGUGA